AUAUUGAAAAAUGUUUCGGGUUUUCUGGCUUCAGUCAGUCAAGCUAACAUCUAGCUGGUAAGAUGUGAAGAUGGCGGAGCUUCAAAUGCUAUUGGAAGAGGAGAUUCCGGCUGGACGAGGCGCUUUACUUGACAGUUAUGCCAAUCUAGAAAGAGUCGCAGAAUACUGUGAGAGCAAUUAUAUACAGUCCCCUGAUAAACACAGGGCUUUGGAGGAGACCAAGAGCUACACCACCCAGUCCUUGGCGAGCGUCGCCUACCUGAUCAACACACUCGCCAACAAUGUGCUCCAGAUGCUCGACAUCCAGGCGUCCCAGCUGCGCCGCAUGGAGUCCUCCAUCAACCACAUCUCACAGACUGUGGACAUCCACAAGGAGAAGGUGGCCCGUCGGGAGAUCGGCAUCCUCACGACAAACAAAAACACCUCCCGCACACACAAGAUCAUUGCACCGGCCAAUCCCGAGAGGCCCGUACGCUACAUCCGCAAGCCCAUUGACUAUGGUGUGCUGGAUGACGUGGGCCAUGGCGUGAAGUGGUUGCUAAGGUUUAAGGUCAAUGCACAGAACAUGAAGGCAGGCGGGACGAUCCCGCGCACUGCAGCACCGACCCAGAAGCCCCCAAGCCCCCCUGGACCAGGGAAGGGCACUCUUGGGCGACACUCCCCCUACCGGACGCUCGAGCCGGUGCGUCCUCCCGUUAUCCCUAACGACUACGUGCCGAGCCCGACACGAAACACUGCCCCGGCCCUGCAGAGCCCGGCACGCACCGCAUCUGUUAAUCAGAGGACCCGCACUUACAGUGGCAGCAGCGGCGGCAGCCACCCCAGCAGUCGCAGCAGCAGCCGGGAGAACAGUGGCAGCGGAAGCGUGGGCGUGCCCAUCGCCGUGCCAACCCCAGCCCCUCCCACAGCCUUCCCAGGUAACGGCCCUCAGUUCUACAGCAUGAACCGACCAAUGACACGGCAGACCACACCUAAUGUUGGCGGGUCUCUUCCCUACCGCCGCCCCCCAUCGGUGACUGGCCAGCCGAACCUUCCCCAGAAUCCGAAUCCCACCCCCGGCCCAAGCCAGAACCAACUUAAUGGAGGACCACAUUACCAGAACCAAGGUCCAGCAGUGGCUCCCCCUCCCCCCCUCUUCUGCAGAUCACCUCCUCAGCUUCCGCUGAUGGGCUUUGCCGCCAGGGUGCAGGAGACCAUCUCAGACGCGCCGCCACCCCCACCCCCCGCCGACGAGCCGGUGUUUGAGGAGACCCCCCCUCCGCCACCCCCAGAGGACUACGAGGAUGAGGAGGACGAGGAGGAAGAGUCUGCUGUGGUGGAGUACAGCGACCCCUACGCCGAGGAGGACCCGCCCUGGGCCCCGCGCAACUACCUGGAGAAAGUGGUGGCGAUCUAUGACUAUUCGCGUGAUAAGGAGGAUGAGCUGUCCUUCCAGGAGGGCGCCAUCAUCUACGUCAUCAAGAAGAAUGACGACGGCUGGUACGAGGGGGUCAUGAGUGGCACCACUGGCCUGUUCCCCGGCAACUACGUCGAGUCCAUCAUGCACUACGCUGACUGAGCCCCUGACACUCACACACACACCUCAAACAGCCCCCCCCCCUCCACCCGAAAACACCUCCACCAUGUCCAUCUGCUGCCCACUGAGCCCCUACACACACACACACACACACACACACACACACACACACACACACACACACACACACACACACACACACAGAUAAACACUCCCUCUAUCCUCCUUAAUUCACAUUGCUGCUCCCACCAUACCAUCUGCUGCUUUUCAACACACACACACACACACACUCACACACACACUCUCAAAGUAGAUACAUGCAGAUGCAGAAAUUAUUUACAAAACACCCACAUCAUUUCCUUCAAUGAUUCAACACACACACACACACACACACACACACACACACACACACACACACACACAGAUAUGUAUGUACUCAGAGCUUUCCCAUCCCAACCUUAAGUUUUGAGUGAUGGAUAACUGGAAGAGACCGUGGAGGAGUGGAAAGGGUGAAGAGGAGAGAGACUUGACUUGGAGAAAAUGCUACAAACAUGUUUUGCCUGGGGAACUAUUUACCUGAAGUGAACUGUGAGAUUUAGUUAUUUCUCUAUUUUUUUUUUUUCUUGUCUUAAACCGUGUACCCAUGAAGUGAAGGGUGUAUAGUAAAGACUGUGGUGUGUGUGUGUGUGUGUGUGUGCGUGCGUGUGUGCGUGUGCUUGGUGUGGUUGAAUGCGUUUGGAUAUCGGUAGUUGAAAAAAAAAAAAAAAAAAAAAUCCAGAAUCUGAUUGACCAAACCUACAGGUCAUUAGGACUCUUUGGAGGACUUUUCCUUUUUCCUCAGUUUGAACUCUUGUGUAUUUCUUUCUAUUUCCUCCUUUUUGAAAUAAGCUUGUUUGCUUCCUUAUUGCUUUGAGUCGGUGUGUGGAUUUGCAUGCUUUGUGAAGUGAGAAGUGUUGCUGUGAACUGAGGCCGAGGAAAAGGGGGGGAGAGAACACAUAGAACUCGCUAUCUUAUACCUCCAUCUUCUCCCUCUUAGCUCUCGACCCCCCCCCCCCCCCACACACACACACACACACACACACACACACACACACACACACACACACACCCCUUACAUUUCUGUUCUCCUUAUCCCCAAACAAUUACACUUUGUACAUGACUUACCUGAGAGUGCUCUGAAAGGAGAGAAAAGCAUGAACACUAAGUGGUUGAACACUAAGAUUUUGUCUUCAAGCUGCUCCUAAAAGCUUCUUGUUGGCUUGUGGCUACUCAUUGGUUAUCAAUGGCAUGCAUCUGCUCCAUACAUUUGAUCAAACUGACUUUCCAUUAUCCAGAAACAAACGCUAGCACAGCCAUGGUUAAGCUUGUGAGACAGAAACAGACAGAUAUUUAUUUUUCCAUGUAGGGGUGGUGAGAGAGUAUAUUCUAUAUGUUUAUUUUGAGGGAGAAGGGAAGAUAUACUAAGCUAUAUGAAAUGUUUUCUUUUGAUGUAGUAGGCUGGCGGGGGGGGAGGUGGGUUAUUGUUCAGGGCAGGGAGGGGUUGGGGUUUUGGCGGUGGGGUGGGUGAUAACCAAAGGGUCCAACUAUGACUGGAGUGCAGUGUUAUAUGAGAUGACCUUCAGAGACGCUAUAAGCCUCUUCACUCUCAGUCUUGCCCAUUUCUUUACAGUCUUAAUGUUACACAAUAAAGUUACUGAUGGCCUCUUACAUACACACACACACACACAGACACUUUCACAUUUAGGACCGAGAGAUACGACUCCCAGAAAGAGAGGAACAUUAGUUGGUGCCAUAGACAUGUAAAGGUUCAAGGUUGGUUGGUGUGUGUGUGUAUAUGUGGGUGGGUGAGUGAGUGCAUGAGGUUCAUUUUGCAAUGCUAACCACCUUUACCUUUAUCUUUAUCCAGAACCACUACAGCAAAAAGUUCACUCCGUUAUUAUUACCAUUUUCUUUCUUUUUUGGCAACGUAAAGAACUACUUACGUGCUCUUGCCUAUUUCAGAGUAUCCUGUGUAAAGUGUUGAUAUUCAGAAUUAUAUUGUAUAUGAUAUAUUGUAUUGAGCAUCAUGUGAAGGCCCAGCAGUGAUUUCAUGCCCCAUAUACCCCCUGCCCCCUCCAGUCCUUUACUUGUAUCUGCAAUAACGACAACACGAGGCACAAUGGAUCUGGUGGAUCUGGACCGAAAGCACAAGUGGACUGGGGAGAAACGGCAGAAGUGGCCGGUCUGAGAAUAGACUGGAUCACACACUCAACAGGGAACCGGUCUUUAGAGUGGACCAGCCCACAAAGCAAGAGACUCAUCACAAAACUGACCUUUAACCGAUCAUAUUGUUUGUUCCACGAGUCAACUGUAUGACAAAGUGCACAGGGGACUUUUCUAUGAGGUACAUUGAUGUCUGUCUGUCAGACCGUCUGUUUGUAUGUCUGUGUGCCUGCGUGUUUGAUGUGAAAUGGCUAUUUCACUGAAUAUGUGUGUUAAGUUUACGUUUAUCUUUUUUUUUUUUUAAAUGGAGAGUUUGUGGACUUGUGACUUGUGAGUCUUUGCAUGUUGAUUAUCUUAGUGAGGUUUCUUUUUUUUUUUUCCCUCAGAUUGGUGGGGACUUUUAUUGGGCCUUCUUUUCUGGGCAGAACAUGGCUCAAUUUCUCCCCUUCCCCCCUUUGUCUCCUCACUUCCUGCCUGAAUACUGAACUGUAAACAAAGGAUUGACGUUAGGAAACAUGCCUGUGUUGGUCAUGCCCCCCACGAGAUUUGAGGCGUUGGGAGAAAAUACUCCUAGGACAAGACGAAAGACAAGACACACAAUGUUUAGUUAAAAUGGGGCCUUGGUUUUGCAUUGCUGCCUUCAUACCUUGAAAUACAGUCUCCCUUAGCAUCUUCCAGAACCUUAUUACUAAUGCCCUAGUUCCCAUAUGGAUUCAAAAUCCCAGCAGAGGACGUGAAAGGAAGAGUGGUGUCAGAGGCAUGGUGUGAUGUUCGAGGACAGGGCUGGAAGUGAGCAAGAGAGAGAAGUUGACCCCAGUUUAGUUUAGACCCUUUUGAAGUGACCAGUUGGCCCCCUAGUGGCCCAAGCCCAAAACUACACACAGCCCUCCCCUGAGAGCACCAAGGCCCCAUCCAAAGACAACCCCCCCAACUUCUGUACUUGAGUCCAGGUGAAUAAGGCUUGAGUUGAAGACCAGUCCAUAGGACAUGGGAAUCAACUUAAUCCAAGAGGAACAAUGAAAAAUAAAAUCCGUUGGAAAAAUAAA